GAAUCUGCGGUUAUCAUGGCAGUUGUAUCGUUAUUACUGUAUCUAUACGACUGCCACAUGAAACCGCUCUCCGAAGCAUAUUUGGUAUCCAGCUGUAUCCAUCCGUUCAUGCAGGGUCUUUUAUCAGCAAAGAAGCCCGCGAAAUUGGCACACUGCUUGAAGAUAGUCCCGGGUGAGUUUGACGAAGCUGUCGAUCGAACCAAUUACAAGAGUGACGUAUAU